AUGGGGGCUAGACUGGGAGAUUAUGGCAGUGUUACUAGCUUCGUGAGGCGUCUCCAGCUAUUUAGUAUCUACAUCGACUUUGCCCUUCUCGACCCCGGUGUUGCCAACUUCAACUAUACCCAGACUCCAUCGACAUCCCACGGGUUGAGUAUCCAGAUAUACUGGCUGAGCACUGCUCUGCUUACUCUGCUUCUCUUUCCUAUGCUCAACAAACAGGAUGCAGCCAAUCCUACACAUCCCCGUCCUGUGACCUCAAUUGUAAGUAGCGAAACUGCUACCUGGGCGAAGUUCAAAGUCCGGGUCUCUACUACGAAUGGUACUCCUCUCAUCAAGGUCCUGGAUGAUAAGACACAUUUUGACAUGGGUGAUCGAUACUACACUUUGAAGCUACUCUGCCAGCUCUUUUUCCUAGAGCUUAUCCGCAGCGGAAGGUCAUUUCUAGUAUGA